GGAGAAAGAGCCAGAGGACGAGGACGUGCGGUUCUGCCACAUCGAAAUAGUUCAAGGAACGGUCUUCGACAUUUCCUUGCUCAUCUUUAUUGCUCUUUCUUUUUGGCUGCUGAUCAUGCUUUUGGCGAUGUUGAAGUGGCUGUGGCCACCGGCACCGCGGGAGAGGAGCAAGAUGUAGUUGCUGCAUGGAAUGGUGCAGUCGCUUCACGCCUAGACAAUGCCCUCCGCCAAUGGAUGCCGCGAAAAAGCAAAUUGGCUGCCAAACUCCAACUGAGGGAUCAUGGUACUAUCGACGAAUUAAAUUUAGAACUAGUACGGUCAUCUGAAGAAAAAGACGAGGAGAAACGACUGCUAAGGCGCAACUUUCAUUGGUCGUCAUAGAGGUUGGUCACUGAAAUCGAAAAGGGGCCCCUUGAGAGGACAGGGGAAAAGUGAGGAAAAGAAGUAGAGAGAUGUGGGGCCCCUCCUGUUCAGAGUCAGUGACCAAUGACUGCUGACCUUUAAGACUGGAGUCUUUGUUGUCUUUCUGCCAUGUGCCACUCGUGGACAUCGGAGGAGUCGGCGUGGAGGACGAGGGCGAUCAUCGACAACAUGGAGUAUCUACUACGGCUUCGUCUGGUUCUGGCCUUCCCCUUGAUUUCGCAGAGCGCUUCUCCAAAUGGCAGCCACGGUACAUGCGCGACUCUCUUCAAUGGUCAAG